AAAAGAUUUUUAACUGAAAUUCAGUUUACAUGAAAGUUAAAUACCUUUUAACAUUCAUGCUGUUUGCAUAAAUUAUAAAUCAAUUGUCUAAAUUCUCUAUACAAUUUUGAUAAGAAGGUUUUACGAUAUUCCACAUAUAAGUAAGGCAAAUUAUGGCUAUGUUAUCAAGGCACUUCAAGAACGAACUCAAUACUUUUCUCAAAAGAGCGGCGACGCCUAGUGCAGUUCCUUCCAAGAGAAAGCUUUCGGCCACACCAAAUGUAUUUGCUCAUCAGGGAUGGCAACAAGAAGGCAUUCCUGGAUCGGUGAAGUUCUGUUUAAUAUUCUUCAUUAAUGUAGUAGUGUAGUCAGCAUGAUUAUCCUUCAUUUUUAUUAUUAUUAUGUUCUCCCAAAACAACUUGUUUAAUCUUAUAAAUAAUUACUUAUAAUUAUAAUUAAUUACAAGUAUUAAUAUAAAUAAAUCCAAUUGCCAUUGCAAUUCAAUAAAUAAUGGCACACUUUCAUAAGUUUUCUUGUUAAAUUUAUUACCAUUCAUUGCUUUCAAAUAUUAAAUUAACGAAAAGUUAAUUUUUCCACUAAUACUCAAUAGCUUAUUUAUAUUUUAUAGUUAUAGAUCUAGUUGUGCUGUUGACAGUUUUUUGUGUGUAGUGUUGUGUACUAGUAGGUAGUAGUAAUAGUGGGGAGGGGGCAUUAGUAUUUACCUAGGCAUAUAAGUAAAGCAUUUGUCUCCUAGAUCAAUAUUUAAUUUAAUGUGCAGAUGAUUUUAUUCAUUUUUGUUUUGUCCUCAGAAUAUGCCCUUUUCAACUAAGUACAAAUCCAUUUUUACCACUGGAUUUGCUUUGUUCUUUUUGGUUGGAAUAUCGGCAUCAUUUAUUUUGUUUAGGAGGCAGAUGUUAGUUAUUAAUGGACCUCCACAGAGUACGGAUUCCUACUCAGAUUCACCAAUUGAAUCAACUAUUGUGAUUUGUAAAUAAGGAAAAUGAUGAUAUAAAGGUACUAAAAUUUAGAAAUUUUGUGACAUUUGUUUAUGUUUUUAUCAUUAGAUCUAACCCACGAACUGAUCGGCCGAUUUCCUCUUCCCAAACUGUGUCGGCCGAUAAAAACGGCCGAUAAAAAAUGCAUUGAAAGAAUAAGUUCCAGUCCAAUAUUUUACACCAAAUAAAACUACUUCCUUUUAAUAAUAAAUCAACUUAAGUUUAUGAGUUAUUUUUACAAUGAUCUUUAUCAAGCAAAAUUUUUAGAUUUUCGUGAAGUGGAUGAGGCCAUAGCUGGACCAUCUGGCUUACAAUAUAAAUCAGUUAGAAAUCUUUUUGAUGAUUCUUUUUAGUUAAUGACUUAAGUGAUUCGGAAUUUGAUUUUUCCAAUCUCAUGCGAAAACAAUGAUAAUUACGAUUAUUUUUAUAGUGGGUCAGAAAGCGAAAGUUCAGAUGAUGCAGACCUAAGCCUAGAACGAAUAGGCGAUGCUGCCACAACAGGACUUGUUCAAAACUAUGUUGCAGAUAAUUUUGUACCAACAAAUAAUAAUUGGAAGAAACACACAAUGGACAGUUUGUGGGUUAAAUGUAAUAUUAUUUGAGAGUUCUGUUUUUACAACCUACUUAAUUUAAAAAACUAAUAAGAGAAACAUAGUAAAGCAAAGAAACUAAUGAGAGACUAAAUUACGGUAAUACAAAAGUUGAAAAAAAAAAUUCCAAUGCACUUAUUUUGUAAUAAAUAAUUAUCAAUGAAGCCUUGUAAGAUCUUAAUUAAGUUUCACCCUAAUAAAUAAAUUCAUGUGUAUAUACUAAACUACAUCGCAUAUUUACAUUGUUUGUUUCAGGAUUUGUGCAAGAGACCUGCAGUGAACAAAGACCUUGCUUAAUUGUUCUUAAGUGGAAGCAUUCUAAUUUUAAUUAUUUUUUUUCGUAUUUCAUUUAGAAAUUAUUAUUUCCAAAUAAACAUUUAAAACGUAUACACUUGCUUUUUUAUCAUUUUUUUUCAGGAAGUUAUCCAUAGGCCUCUUUAAUGUAGCCUACAUUAGGGUUGUAAGAAAAUGGAAUUAUUGCCAAUUAAUUAGCCAC